AUGACGGGGGGAAACUCUAAUAAUGGCGUCCCAUUGCUUUACAACGGUAAACGGGAGUUGUAGUGUUUGGUCGCCGAGACGGUGGCGAUUCAACGGGACUACUUGGAAGAAAACUUUCCUGAGAUUUUCAUCUGAAAGAAAAGGAACUCCAACGGAGCCAGGAUCAGGGCAGGUAGGGGACCUGGACGUGCAUCCACACCCAUGAAGGAUGCACUGAACUGAGAAACAUCUGCUGAAGUGUCCCCCUCAACGCAGAUAUGGCCUCAGCAACGUCUAGCCCAGGACCUGCGUCUCUGGGCUCGCAGGUUCAUGCUGCAGCUGUCAAUGGAGAUAGGAGCGCCCUCCUCAAACUCAUCACAGCAGAUCCCUCGCUGCGGGACCGUGAGGACCAGUUUGGCCGGACCCCUUUGAUGUACUGUGUGCUGGCUGACCGCCUGGACUGUGCAGAGAUUUUGUUGAAGGCAGGAGCCUCGGUCAACAAGACUGACCACAGCCAGCGCACCGCUCUGCACCUCGCCGCGCAGAAGGGGAAUCUACGUUUCCUGAAGCUGCUGCUGUCCCGGCGUGCUAACUGGCUGCAAAAAGAUUUAGAGGAGAUGACCCCGCUCCACCUGGCCACCCGACACCCCUCCCCAAAAGCCCUCGCCCUGCUCCUCAAACACAUUGGACCUGGAGAGGUUGACACACAAGACAAGAACAAGCAAACCGCUCUCCAUUGGUCAGCGUUUUAUAACCGGCCAGAACACGUUCGCCUUCUGAUCAAGCACGAUUCCAACAUUGGCAUCCCAGACAGUGAGGGCAAGAUCCCUCUGCACUGGGCAGCGCACAGUCAGGAGCCCAGUGCUACACAAACUGUCCGCUGUAUACUGGAGGCAGCUCCCACCGAGUCCCUGUUGAACUGGCAGGACUACGAAGGGCGGACUCCCCUGCACUUUGCGGUUGCCGACGGUAACGAGGCAGUGGUGGAGGUGCUGACGUCUUACGAGGGCUGUAAUGUGACAGCUUAUGAUAACCUCUUCAGAACGCCGCUGCACUGGGCAGCUCUGCUCGGCCAUGCCCGAAUCGUCCACCUGUUGUUAGAAAGAAACACAUCGGGCACUAUUCCCUCAGACAGCCAAGGAGCAACACCGCUGCACUAUGGUGCUCAGAGCAACAAUGCUGAGACAGUGGGUGUGUUCCUGUCCCACCCAUCUGUGAAGGAUGAACCCGAUCUGGAGGGGAGGACGGCCUUCAUGUGGGCCGCUGGGAAGGGCAGCGAUGAUGUCAUCCGCACCAUGCUGGCCCUCACCCCUCACAUUGACAUCAACAUGGCCGACAAGUACGGAGGCACCGCACUCCAUGCGGCCUCCCUGUCGGGCCAUGUGAGCACAGUGAAGCUGCUGUUGGAGAGGGGAGCGAUGGUCGACUCUCUGGAUGUGAUGAAACACGCGCCGCUGUUCCGCGCUUGCGAGAUGGGACACAGAGACGUCAUUCUCACACUCAUCAAAGGUUCUGCACGUGUGGACCUGGUAGACGUGGACGGUCACACUGCUCUGCACUGGGCAGCUCUGGGAGGGAAUGCUGAGGUCUGCCAGAUACUGAUGGAGAACGGAAUUAGUCCCAAUGUACAGGACCAGGCAGGACGGACUCCUCUGCAGUGUGCUGCUUACGGCGGCUACAUCACCUGCAUGGCUGUUCUCAUGGAGAACAAUGCUGAUCCAAACAUACAGGACAAGGAGGGGCGGACUGCUCUCCACUGGUCAUGUAACAAUGGCUACCUGGACGCUGUGAAACUGCUACUGGGCUACAAUGCCUUCCCUAAUCACAUGGAGCACACCGAGGAGAGGUACACCCCUCUGGACUACGCUCUGCUGGGGGGGCACAGCGAGGUGACUCAGUUCAUGCUGGAGCACGGUGCUCUGUCCAUAGCAGCCAUCCAGGACAUCGCUGCUGCCUCCAUACAGGCUGUCUACAAGGGCUACACCGUCCGCAAGGCCUUCAGGGAGAGGAAGCAGCUCCUCAUGAGGCAUGAGCAGCUGCGCAAGGAUGCAGCCAAGAAACGAGAGGAAGAACAGCGGAGGAGAGAAGCUGUGCAGCAAGUCUGUGUGGCCACUGCAGAGAAACGGAGGGUCCCUUUGGGGAGAACAGAGCAGGAAAAAACCUCUUUAGUCAACAUUAUAGAGGACUUAUCCAUGAAUGACUCAAUGGUGGAGACAAAGAAAUCCAAAGCUGAACGCACUAAGAGCAAAGAGGAGAGGCUGAAAGCCCACAAGAGCAGAUCCUCCAGAAGAAGUAAAGCAACCGAACCACAUGAGGUUGCUGAUGGUUUGAGCCGCCACUCUCAUGUGACCAGUGACACUGUGCCUGGUGCCUCCCAGACCACCAGGCUGAAGGAACUUCUCUCUCCUGCCAGCUGCAGUCAGCCACCCAGCUUCAAACCCAGACCCCCCUCCAUGCCUAAAGUCAGGGAACGACCUUCAUCAAACACAUGCACUUCUUCCAUAAGCGUCUCUGCGACGGACCAAUGGGACACUAUUACAAGAGAACGCAUCCCUGUAAAAAAGGGGGACGCUCACAUGACUGUGCAGACUGCCCCCAGCAAGACUGAUGCCCACACCUCUCCACAAAAGCACAGAAACCACAAAGAGCAGACUUCAGAAAAGGCCACCACCAAAGACCAAACUCACACUCCCUCAUUAAGAAGCAGUUCAUCUUUAGACCACAAAAGCCCUUCGAGAAAGACUCAGUCUGCCGCACAUGCACCUAUCUCAACAUGCACACACAAGGAACACUACAAAGAGCAGCGCCAGACGAUGAACGAGGCUGCACGCAUCAUCCAGCGAGCUUGGCGGAGGUUCCACGCACGCGGAUGGAGAGAGGUGAAGGCCCGCAAAGAGGUGGAGUCAAGUGAUUCAAACCAUGGCCAUAACAGGAAGAAGAUGGAAGUCCGAGCUCAACCCAUUAAACCGUCGACGAGUAAGAGCUCAGUGCUGCAAAGUAUCUAUGGCAACUCUAUGGCCAGACGAGGGCGUUCACUUCGGGGCUCUCAGUCUCAGCUGCUCCUGGACAUGCCAUUACGCACCCAGAGCCAGUUAAGCGGUAUAGACUGUGUGCACCUGACUGAUGCCGUGAAUCAAGCCAAGCAGUACUCUUACCACCUGAGACCACAUAGUGCUGGACAGGGGACCAGAGGCCGGGGAAAACAUUGAAGAGAGAAACACACACACACACACACACCCACCUCAUGUUCUUUGAUGUUUUCUCAGCUGGCUGGCCGCCUUACCUCUAUAGAAUUACUACACACAUUGUUCGCUCAAUGUGCCAAGCUUUCUAAAAUUAAGCCAUAUGACAUCAGAGCCAUGACCUCACGGGGUGGGGUUAAGUCUACAGAAAUGGUGUGUGUAAAAGAUAACCUUUCAUCCAUUGUGGAAGGAACACAUACACACGCCAUCUCCCUCACUCUCCAUCGCUCUCGCACACACACUGAGAUAACCUUUCCUCCUGUUGUGGAGAAUGAAGCAGUCUAUCAACAGCCGGUCAUACAGAUAGCCCACCUGCAGCCACGGACACACACACACACACACACACACACACACACACACACACACACACACACACACACACACACACACACACACACACACACACACACACACACACACACACACACACACACACACACACACACACACACACACACACACACACACACACACCCUCUAAGUGCUUUCCCUUUCAAGAGAAAUAUGCAUUUCUUAACUAUGCAGUUUUCAUUCCUAUAAAUAUGCAUUUGCGCAAAAAUAAUCCAUAUUGUAUAAUUUUAGAUACCUCAAUGUCUGUUUCUAUUAUAAUAUGUAAAAUAAAAUGAAAUAAAAAUUGACACUAAA